GAGCUAGACGGACAGAGUACUCGGGCUACAGUGCAGACAUGACCUGGUCGACCCGGAUAAUCUAGUUGGGUCAGGAAACUGGGUCUGAACAUUAUCGUUCUUAUGCUAUCAGUUGCAAAGAUGUCGUCCUCUGUUCCCGCGACAAUGAAAGCUCUCGUGAAGGAGAAAGAGAGCGAGUCUUACAUAUACAAGGAAAUCCCCGUACCCGACCCUCAGGAGGACGAAGUGUUGAUUCGAGUGGACUGUGUUGCGAUCUGUGGCUCCGACAUAAACCUGUACAAGUGGAACGACAUCGCACGGGUAAUCGCGUCAAUUCCAUUCGUUCCGGGACACGAGUGCGCGGGUACCGUGGUCAAAUGCGGGCCUAAAGCAAGUCUACCUUUGGGGUCAAAAGUGGGAGUCGAGAAUCACUUUUUUUGCGGUUCGUGUUACCAGUGCAAGUUCGACAACCCUGCAAUAUGCCGCAACAUGGGACAGUUCGGUCAUGGGAAACUGACACAACACGGGGGCUGUUCGGAGUACUCGAUCGUGCAACAAAAGUACCUGUAUCAGUUGAAAAGAGACCUGACCCCUGAAGAAAUAGCCAUGCUUGAGCCACUGGGGGUGUCCCACAAUGCUAUUGAGAAGCUAGAAGUAAAAGACGAAGAGGUUUUAGUCAUAGGCUGUGGACCAGUCGGCCUGCUGGCUCAAGCGGUAGCGAAAGCUCUUGGUGCCAAAAGAGUGAUCGGUGCUGAUAUCGACGAGACCCGACUUGAACUGGCUAAGAAGAUGGGUGCCGAUAUUAUCGUUAACACCAUGAAAGAAAACCUCAAAGAAUUUGUGAUGAAACACACAGACGGACUGGGUAUUGGUAGAAUAUGUGAGUGCAGUGGAGCUCCCACCAUGGUGAAUUCCUCCUUUGGAAUGCUCAGAAAAGGUGGUCAUAUCGUAAUGGUGGGAUUACCCAAGGAACCGCUUCAUGUGGAAAACGUCCUGCAGGAUGUUGUUUUCAAGUCACUGACGCUAAAGACUGUGCACGGUCGACAAAUUUACCACACUUGGAGUGAAGUCGAGAAUCUAGUGGCCGACAAGAAGAUAGAUGUUAACAAAAUCAUUUCCCACAAAUUUCAAAUGUCUCAUUUUGAAGAGGCAUUUUCUGCUUUAUUUAGUGGAAAAGCUUGCAAAAUUGUCAUAUAUCCCUCAGCCUGAAUUUCUCAGAUUACAAGGAUCGUGAAAUCGAUAUAUACAUAUCUGUAAAAUACAUAUUAUACGUCCAUAUAAACAGGGUAUUUGAAUAUAUUUCUUGACUUGGCAAAUGUCCUUGUAGCACAUGUAGCACGUGCUACGGCUCCCGCACUUCAGGGGGUCCUGUGGUGAUAUGUACAUUUACCCCCCCCCCCCAAGGUAAUUUUCCCCCUCUCCCCGAGGGGGUUGCAAAAUACAUAUCCUUGGAAGGGGCCUCGCUGUUAUUUGUGCUACAUGCCCCGCGGAUCCUUAAACCUGCUCUAAGUGACAUCGCGUAUGUUAAAGAUUUUUAUUUAACAGGGGCGUAGGCUGGGGGGUUUCGGACGAACCCCCCCCUCUUCCCGCUGAAGCAAAUAGUCCGCUUUCAGAACUAAAACAUAUGGGUUUAUACAUAAUAUGGACUGUCUGGUGGUGCAAAAACAAAAUAGAAAAAGGGUCCACUUGGUUCAUAUUCGAAACCCCCCAGGUCAAGCUCACACUACGCCCCUGUUUAAAUUGCAUUCAUUUCAAUGUUAAAUUAAUAUAAAAGGUUAUUUCAUUGUAAUUAUUGGUUGUGGCGCAUGGGUUUUGUUGUUUGUUUGCUUGUUUGUUUUAACACAAUAAACAACUCUUUGUUGUUUUAUCUGUAAAAUAAUAAAGAAAAACUUAUCGUAUAUCGACAAAAAGGAGGAUUUCUUGAGAGAAAAAAACUGGCUUAAGUAAUAAAUAUAAUAAUAAACUUGAUACCAGUUACUUUAAAGUAUUGGUCGCUUAUAAAACAAUGUUUAAUUUCUCACUCGAUAAAGCUCAUAUGAAGUGAACAUUAAUUCGCAUAAAACAUAAGCUUGAUAAUAACUUGUGAUUUGUUAUCAGGACACACCAAUUGUACAAAUAUCAAUAUAACAUACAACAUUGCUUUACAUGCAUUGUAAUAUCGUGUAGAUGUGUAACAAUUAUUCAAAUAUUAUCGAACUUUUGAAUGAAACAGUUUCAGUGACUGCGAAUCUUUUCUUUUUUUUCUUCUUUUUUUUAAACAUUAACAGUUUCCUUUCCAGUUUUACAACUGUCUGUUUUGGGUGGUGGGGGAUGGGAGUGGCUGCAACAUAAUUCAAAGGAAUUUGAGUUGUAAUUGAACCAAAUAAUUAAAUAAGUAACAGAGUCAUUUUCAAACUGUUCGUACGCCAGUUGAUAAUGUAUGGUAUGUAACGUAUUUUGUACUUUUCUUUUUACAUGCACAUUACGCCAAUGCUUUUUAAAGUAGACAAAAUAAGAUGUGGUAAUAGUAAGGCGUAAUUGUUUUUGUUGUGGUGUUGUUGGGGUUUUUUUUGGGGGGGGGGUUUGGAUUUUUUUUGGGGGGGAGAGGGGUUAUCUAUAGUGCCAAUAUUUCGUUAAUAUAUGUCAAAACCGACAAUUAUUUCGUUAAUAUAUAUGUCAAAACCGACGAUUAUUUCGUUAAUAUAUAUGUUAAAACCGACGAUAACCAUACGCUUUAUGAAUCGUCCAUUCGUUUUUCUAUGAACUACAUUAAAACAAUACGGUGUCCAAAUUUCUCCUUGGGGUGGGACAUAGCCCUGUGGUAAAGUGCUCGCUUGAUGUGCGGUCAGUCUGGGAUCGAUCCCCGUCGGUGGACCAGUUGGGCUAUUUCUCGUUCCAGCCUGUGUACCACGAUUGGUGUA